AUGAAUGAUAAGGAUGAGGAUGAUGAAGAGAAUGAAGUAAGAUGCGAAGAAGUGAAUAAAAAGGGAAGGACAAUGACAGAACAAGAAAAGAAGGAAUGUGAGUUCAUUCUGAAGAACUUGGUAAGAAUAUGGAAAAUGGGCAGAAGAACAAACAGUAAGGAAAAAGCUGAUAUAAGAAUGAAAGAACACUUGUACUGUAUAGUACUAAAUAUGUGGUUACAUGAGUACUGGGACGUACAUUGUGAAGCAAAACAUGUUAUGAACAGUGCAUAUGAUACAAUGAACAAUUUGUGCCAAGCGUUCAAUAAGGGAAAAAAUUGUACAGAGUGUAAAUAUGGGACGUUUAAGUCCCUGAAAGUAAACAAAAUGGAGAUGUUCGGAUAUAUUUAUGAUGCUGUGAAAAAAGAAAGAACAAUUAUGAGCAUAAUAAAUAGUAGAGGAUCAAAGAAAGAUUGUCCAAAACAGAAAAAUGCUGUAUCAACAGUACAUGAUUUGAACAUUAAUAGUAUAAUUACUAUGAAGGGUGGACAUCCACCAACAAGAACAACACGGGUUCAGCAACGUCCUCUACAGAGCAGGCUGGGGCAGAGCAGAAUGGCACAAACACGCCCAUCCAACGGAGAAGAAAUUUGGAAGCAAAUAAUACGGAAAUGGUUUACAGAUAUGAGGAGGUACCCUAAGAUAAAUAAUAUUGUUAAUGAUAAAAUAUGGGGUAGAAUGCAAGAAAUAUUUAAUAAUCUUAUGGGCACAAUUAAAAAGGGGGAGCAGGAAAUAAUACGAAGAACCUGUGAAACAGGAAUGUAUACCGGCGGGGAAAAUAUAACACCAUGGGAAGACAAGGACAAAGAAUUAUGCAAAGCUAUGAUGAAAGUUGUACUAUACACUAAUGGGUUGACGCAAGAUUUAGCAGUAAUUCAACACGUGUCAGGAAUGGUAGGAGGGUGGGUAGGUACGCACUUAAUGGAAAGGACUGAUGAAAAGUGCAGUAGGUUCAGUGUACAGAAUGCACGAAUAGGAGGAAAACUAAUUAGUAAGACUAUAGGAGACUGGAUAGAAACGGGGGGGUGGAAGAAGAACGAGAAAGUAGAGAAGUAUGAUUUGGUUAUGGGACAGGCGCAAAGUUGCAACGGGGAAGGAGCAAGUGAAAGAGGCAGGAAGGAUACUGCAGGAGGAGAGGAAGAAAAUGAGGAACAGAAGGACAUAGAAGAAAAAGUUAGCGGAAUAAAGGAAAUAAUGAAGAAAGGAGAAACACUAUCACAGACAGGUGCUGACAAAGUAGUGAAGAAAAUUGAAGAGAAAAAGUUAACAAACGACAGUGAAAUAAUGGAGGCAUUAGAAAAGGAGGUUGAGGAGGAAAUUAAGGAAGAAAAGAAGGCUCAGGGAGCAACACUGAGUAGAAAGGAAAGUUCAGCAGAGGACGGUCAGCUGGCACGUCCACCACCCCAGCUCCAAGCAUCAUCACUCGUAAGCACCUCCAAUGAUCAAGUUACUCCUCCUAAAGUAACUGAUCCAUGCUCCUCCACCCAAUCAAAUCCAGAAGAACAGCAGAAAAGAGAAGCAAGUGAACAGAAAGGGAAAGAACUAAGAGCUGCAUGGGAGGAAAAAAAGCAGAAAGUGUGGACGCCGAAUGGACAAUUAAACCAGGGUGAAAUAGAGAAAGAUGUGAAAGAAAUGUUGGAAGAGCUAAAGGAUUAUAUGGUAAUGAAGGAACAAAAUACCUGGAUACCGCAAAUAUGUGGAGAUUUAAAUCACAGUGAAGGGAAGAAUAAGACGAAUCAAAUAAAAGGAAUAUGCAAAUCCUUAGUGAAAGUAAUAUACUGGAUAGAAGGCAGAAGCAACGAUGGGAAAAGCUGGAAGAAGGAAAAGGGAAAGAAGGAAGGGUGGGACAAGUACACGAAGUGUGUAAUAGGUCAUACCGUUAUAUUGAAAAUAAUUGAGGAUAAGUGUGAUAUAAAGCAGGUUUUAAGCAUCUUAUCUCAGGCUAUGCAGGGAACCGCCCAGAAAUUUCCAAAAGGGAAGAAUGGAAUGGACUGUGACUGGGUUCAAGAAAGUGAUAUAAGAGAUGGCAGAACAUUAAUGGGUGUACAAAUAGAUGAAUGGUUCAGGAAAGCGACAAGGAACCGAAAUGGUGUGAAAGGAUUGGAUAAUAUAAAGGAAUGGAUGAAAUGUGGACCACAAGGCAAGGAACAAGAAAAAAGAGAGCAAGAACAGAAAGGAAGUUGCAAUAGAAACAGAAUUAUAGACUUACUAGGAGCAGGUCGAUCAUCACAAUUACGAGACCUAGUCAAUACGGACCAUGACAGUCAAGGGAAAAAGGCAAACAUGGAUCCUGAACAGAAGGAAGGUAAGGUAGCGCACAAUGACAGAAUGGAUGGUAUCCCUGAUAUUAAUGAAGGUUUUAUAGAUUCAUCCGGUAGUGGCCCUAAGAAUGUACUCGAUGGUAUUGAACAGCUUACAUUUGGCAAUGCGGGGCCCAUUAUAAUUACUAAAUCAGUUACUCCCGAUAUUCCUAUUCCUCCCUAUAUUGGAGUGAACAAUAACAGCGGUUUACCUACUGCAGGCUCAGGUUCAGCAGCUGCAGGUGAUCCCGUUGUUGUUAGCAGUGGCGAGAGUGGUGGUCCUAUUAGUCCAGGUGGUCCAGAUGAUCCAGCUCGUGGUGGAGGUGGUGGUACUUACCUAGGUGGUUCUCACAAGGAUACUGUAUCCACUGGUAUUACUCAACCGAAUGGUCAACCUCAACAACCACAAUCACCUCCCGCAAUAGGAGGACUAAUUGUUAGCAAGAUUGACAACCUUUCUGAUCACCUUACCCCAUACCUUCCUAUCAUUCCUGUCCUCAUUGGUACUUCUGUCAUAAGUUAUCUCAUUUGGAAGCAUUUUUUCCUUGGUAAAAGAAGAAAACGUUACAGAAGAGCUCAUCAUGUAUCUGGUCCUCCAACUGUGGAUGAACCACUCCUUGAUCAUGUGGACGACCAGGAUGAUGGUCCACAUGAAUAUACUUUAAUAAAGGAACGAAAACCUCGUUCUACGCCUAAAAAAAGGAGGAAAAAACGGGGCGUUGGUCGCCGCGCUGGUCGUCGUGGUGUAGGUCACCGCACUAUUAUUGAUAUUCAUUUAGAAGUAUUAGACGAAUGUCAAAAGGGGGACCUAUAUUCGACGAAGGAAGACUUUUUUGAAAUAUUGGUUCGAGAAUUUAUGGGAAGCGAAUUUAUAAAAGAAGAAAAUAUUCCUAAGGAGCAGGUCCCAAGGGAACAGGUUCCAAGUUCAGAUUGCGGAUUUAGGGAGGAAGACUUUUCUUCCUAA